CUCCCCAAUUCUCAGCGUCGCAACGUCUCUCUCACACAAAAACACACACAAACACACAAUCAAUUUGUAGUGAUUGAAGAGCCGUUUCGAUUUUUGACGAGAACGAAGAACGAUGUCUCGAAUCUGUGUGAAGAAUUUGCCCAAGUACGCUGCCGAAGAUCGCCUCAGAGAAUUCUUUUCUCAGAAAGGAGAAGUCACUGACGCAAAGCUUAUGCGCACCAAAGAUGGAAAGAGUCGGCAAUUCGGAUUUAUAGGGUAUCGAACUGAGCAUGAAGCUGAGGAAGCUUUGAAAUACUUUAACAAUUCCUACUUUGAUACUUUUAGAAUUACUUGUGAGAUUGCUCGUAAAGUGGGGGAUCCAAAUAUUCCACGGCCAUGGAGUCGGCACUCUUUGACGAAACAAGAGAAAUCAACAGAAGAGGGAAAAAAGGUUUCUGGCCCUAGAAGUCUGGGCCUUGCAAAUUCUAAAGGAGAGAAAAAAGAUAGUAAAAAUAUAAAUGAGAAUAAUGACCCUCAGCUUCAAGAGUUCCUUCAGGUAAUGCAGCCCCGAAUCAAGUCAAAAUUGUGGGCAAAUGAUUCGUUGACGGCUCCCCCUCUUGAGCAAAAGGGAAAAUUAGAAAGAGGGGAUGGCAAAGAGGAAUCAACUCUAGUGCAGGCUGAGUUAGAUGAAACUGAUGAAGGAGAUGAUGGGUCUUCAGAUGGUGAAGCAGCUGAGAGGCCACACAAUUUGGCUCAUGAUGAAGUUAUCUCAGAUAUGGAUUACUUCCAAAGUAGGGUAAAGAAAGAAUGGUCAGAUUCAGAAAGCGGUGAUGAUGAGAAUGACAAUGAUGAGGAUGAUGAUGACAACGAUCAUGGUGGCGACAAUUCUCUCCAGAAAAGCCAUGGGGGCCGGGAUGUUCAUAAAAUAGAUCCUAAGGGACAACAUGAUGCCCUUGAAGGAGAUGCUUCUGAAGAGGAGGUUGAAAAGGGUUCUUCUCAAGAAUUUGAUGAUGAAAUGAUUGACUUGGAUAAUCCAUCAUCAAGUUCAAAAGAUGGGAGAGGAAAUGUUUUAGAGACUGCCCGUCUUUUCGUCCGUAAUCUGCCAUAUGCUGCCACUGAGGAUGAACUUGAAGAGCAUUUUAGCAAGUACGGUCGUGUCUCACAGGUACAUCUUGUUAUUGAUAGAGACACCAAACGGUCCAAGGGAAUUGCUUAUGUUCUUUAUGCGCUUCCAGAAUCUGCAGCUAGGGCAUUAGAAGAGCUGGACAAUUCAAUUUUUCAAGGCAGGUUAUUGCAUAUUAUGCCAGCAAAGCAAAAAAGUGCUCCUGAGAAACAAGAGAUCAAUUUUUCUGUGAACCAAUCUUCGAAGACAUUAAAGCAACAGAGGGAGGAGGAGAAGAAGAAAUCUGAAGCCAGUGGAAAUACACAAGCAUGGAACAGUUUGUUCAUGCGCCCUGAUACGGUUGUUGAAAACAUUGCUAGGAAAUUUGGUGUAAGUAAAAGUGAUUUACUUGACCGAGAAGCUGAUGAUCUUGCUGUACGUAUUGCUUUGGGAGAAACUCAAGUUAUUGCAGAAACAAAAAAGGCUCUUGUAAAUGCUGGAGUUAAUGUAUCAUCUUUAGAGGAAUACACUGCUGGGAAAACUGAAGGUGUGAAAAGAAGCAACCAUGUUAUUUUGGUGAAGAACUUGCCUUAUGGUUCUUCUGAAGGCGAGUUGGCUAAGAUGUUUGGGAAAUUUGGGAGCUUGGACAAAAUUAUUCUCCCUCCAACAAAAACAUUGGCCUUGGUUGUAUUUCUUGAACCCGCUGAAGCACGCGCAGCUUUCAGAGGUUUAGCUUACAAGCGUUACAAGGAUGCUCCACUGUAUUUGGAAUGGGCACCUGGCAAUAUUCUGAGUCAAAAUUCAACAUCUGUGGAUGAUGCAAAUAAUUCUAUCAUUGUUGGUGAAAAUGAUGCCAAGAGGGUAUUAUUAGAGCAACAUGUGGAAGGAAUAGCAGAUGCUGACAUUGAUACUGACAGAGUUGAGUCACGAUCACUUUUUGUCAAAAACCUCAACUUCAAAACUUCUGAUGAGAGUCUGAGAAAGCAUUUUGGUGAACACGUGAAGGAAGGAAGAAUCUUAAGUGUCAGGGUGAAGAAGCACUUGAAAAAUGGAAAACAUGUUUCCAUGGGUUUUGGUUUUAUAGAGCUUGAUUCUGUUGAAACGGCAACAAAUGUUUGUAGGGACUUACAGGGAACUGUUCUGGAUGGGCAUGCUCUUAUAUUGCAACUUUGUCACGCUAAGAAGGAUGAACAAGUACAGAAAAAAGUUGAUAGGGAUCAGAGUUCAACAAAAUUAAUUGUGAGAAACGUAGCUUUUGAGGCAACAGAGAAAGAUCUCAGGCAGCUGUUUAGUCCAUUUGGCCAGAUUAAGAGCUUAAGGCUGCCAAUGAGGUUUGGGAACCAUAGAGGCUUUGCUUUUGUGGAGUAUGUUACAAAGCAAGAGGCCCAGAAUGCGCUUCAGACUCUUUCAAAUACCCAUUUGUAUGGUCGUCAUUUGGUUCUGGAGAGAGCCAAGGAAGGUGAAAGCUUGGAAGAAUUAAGAGCUCGAACGGCUGCUCAGUUUACUGAUGAGCAAAAUGGAUAUCAAAAUUCAGCCAAGUUAUCCAAGAAAAGGAAACACGUGACCAUCUUGGAUGAAGGCAGUGUUAAGUUUGGAAGAAUUGCAGAUUAGUGUUUUGCAACCUGUGGAGUUGUAUAUUUCGUGUGUUCUUUUAAUAUCUAUAUAUCUUCCUAAAUUAUUUUAAGGGGGUCCCAUUUUUCCAUGUUGGGAGCUCCGAAGAUGUUCACAAGCCUUCCUUCCGUGCGAAAUGUAAGUUAAUAUAGUGUAAUGAGUUGAAAAGCUUUCACGAUGUCCAUAUUUUCUUGACGUAAAAGUUUUCAUUUACAUUUCGUUAGUUCAUUUUCCUCUUGAUGAUUCUUCUCCAUUUGGUUGGGGAGAAAAGUGAGGAAGAUAAGAACAGGAAAAUGAAGCAAGCAAACAGAUACAUGAAGGGUAAAUCUAUCUGAGGUGAGCUAAAGUGAUGCUGGUUGGGUGCUUUACUGUAGUGUCGCAAUGUCUCUCAGUUUUCUCCUCAAAUUUGGCCCAAAGGCAAUGAAUGUGUGUGGUUAGUGUGUUCAUUGUCGCUUUUUCUUCAGGUUAGAGGUCAUUUUGAACAAAUUUUUCUUUCCAGUAGAAUGGUAGAGAAUUUUCAGUUCUCUUUUGUUUCUUCUGCGUAUUGUGGGAUGAAGUUGUGUUUGAGUUGUAACAAUGCUAUGAGUCUUACAUGCUGUGCCUAAAAUGAAAUUGGAGAAUUAUUGUUAGCUUGC